AUGCAAAAGGACACGGAAAAUGAUGGUAUAUUGGCCUCGAGAUCAUAUAGGUUGAUACCUAUCAGAAGUUUUUAUGCAGCUCGACCAUCUCGGUAACUUUAUCAGUUUUUGUUUUGUUCUGUUUUUAGGUUAAUAAAGAUUUUUCAUUGUUUCGUUUUUGUUUGAAUUGGUGCUUUUAGUAAACAGUUAUAAUUUUCAUUAUUUUAGAUUGCUUCAGCCGGUAAACAGAAUUACUGGAAGACGAUUUUUUGUCACUGUUCUUCUUAGACAUGCUCUGAAGUUGAGGUAUUGGGUUGCCACUGGACUUAUAGGUGGUGGCAUCACUGCAGGUAAUGUAAGUGAUUAUCUUCUUUCUUAUUAUGUUAGUUUAGUGGUAUGAAGAAUGGAAGAAGAGUUUGCCGGAUUUCUCUUUGCCAGAAUGGGCUAAAUUCGAAGAAGGAACAUUCAGAAGUUUCUCUGACGAUCUACGACAACUAGGAGAGCGAUUCGAAAACAUCGACUUCAAGGGAAAACUUCCUAGUUUACCUCAUUUUGAAAUGAAGCAAAAAUCAGGUCAGCUUUUUGUGGAUAUUUGGCCUUCUAGUAAAAUGGGCCGUUUAUUGUUCUUUUCUUCAGUUGGCGACACACAAACUUCUGGUACAGAGAAUUCUGGAGAUGGUGGUUCAUCAGGAGGAGCUGGUAAGAAUGACUUUUUUUUGUCAAUCUAAUUUUAAAACGUUGGACGAACACUCUAAUUUUGGUUAUUUAUUGAGGAAGAUGGGUUAAAUAUUUUUUCCAUAGAAUAAAAUGUGGUUAUUUCAGAAUCAAGCACGUUCUUCUCAAUGUUCUCACGGAAAAGCGAAGACAAGGAAAAGCAUCAUGUAAGUGUUUCUUGGUAUUUUUGUUGAUUUUUAGGUUAUAAAACCGUUCUUGGUGUUGAAAAUGUUAUUUUUAGGAUCAGACUCCGGAAGAAAGGAUUCAAGCUUUACAAGAAGAAAUUCUGAAGACUCAAAUGCAAUAUCAACGUGAGCUGGAGAGUUUAGAAAAGGAGAAUAAGACACUGAAGCAAAGAUUGCUGUUGAAAGACAAAGGCGAGCUGAAACGGCUGAAGAAGCUUAAGGUAAGUGGAAGCUCGAGCUUCUCAAGAUUUAUGGUUCUAUUUUUUACUAUUAGUUUUGUUAAUUAGUAAAUGUUAAUUGAACACUUUAGUAAGGUAUGUAUAUUUAAUUUUUAUUUUCUUAUUUAUUUUCAGCGGUCUUUGAUCGACAUGUACUCUGAAAUGCUGGACAUCUUGAACGAGUACGACCGGUCAUAUUCAACUACAGACAAUUUGCCUCGUGUGGUUGUAGUAGGGGAUCAGUCUGCUGGAAAAACGUCUGUGUUGGAAAUGAUAGCUCAAGCAAGGAUCUUUCCUCGAGGUUCAGGUGAAAUGAUGACGAGAGCUCCGGUUAAGGUUACUUUAAGUGAAGGGCCUUAUCAUGUGGCACAGUUCAGAGACAGUAAUCGAGAAUUUGACCUGACUAAAGAAGAUGAUCUGGAGAAGCUCAGAAACGAGAUAGAAUUGCGAAUGAGGAAUUCUGUAAAAGGAGGCAAGACAGUGUCGAACGAUGUCAUAUCUCUGACUGUGAAGGGGCCAAACUUACCAAGGAUUGUGUUGGUGGACUUGCCUGGUGUUAUCUCUACAGUUACAGCUGACAUGGCUAGAGAAACCAAGGACGACAUUAUUCAUAUGUGUAGACAACACAUGGAGAAUCCCAAUUCUAUUAUAUUGUGCAUUCAGGGUAAGUUUUUAUUUUUUUUUGUGUAUUUACUGUAAUUUGAAUUUAAACAAAAAACUGUAUUUUAGACGGUUCUGUUGAUGCCGAAAGAAGUAAUGUCACAGACAUUGUAAGCCGGAUUGAUCCAGCUGGUCAAAGAACUAUUCUAGUAUUAACAAAAGUUGAUCUGGCAGAAAAGAAUCUGAACAACCCAGACAGGAUAAGGAAGAUACUUGAAGGAAAACUGUUUCCAAUGAAGGCUAUAGGUUAUUUUGGCGUUGUGACAGGAAUGGACAGAAAAGAUGCCACGAUAGAGGAAAUACGGAGAUACGAGGAGCAGUUCUUUGAAGGAUCAAGCUUAUUCAAGUAAGGUUUUAGGGAUAACAGGACAUAUUACAGUUUGAAAAGGUCUAUAUAGGUACUUUUAUGAUGCGCUUUACAUAUAAUAAGCUACUUUACUGUAAUUUUCAUUAGUGCAUCAAGAUGAUAUAUGUAAUUUUAUGAGUUUCAUUUUUUUCAGGGAAGGAGUAUUGAAGCCGUCUCAGAUGACCACACGUAACAUGUCAUUGGCUGUCUCGGAUUGCUUCUGGAGAAUGGUCAGAGACACAAUUGAUGCUCAAUGUGAUGCCUUUAGAGCAGCACGAUUCAAUUUGGAAACGGAAUGGAAGAACACGUUUCCAAGGAUAAGAGAACUUGAUCGAGACGAACUGUUCGACAAGGCCAGAGGGGAGAUUCUCGAUCAAAUCGUGAACUUGUCACUUGUUUCUGCUGAUGAAUGGGAAAGUCUGAUCAAGAAGAAGUUGUUGGAAUCGAUUUCUAAACAAAUUUUUGACCAGAUCUUAUUACCAACAUCAGGAAUGAGCAACGCUGGGGCUUUCAAUACGGCUGUCGAUAUUAGACUCAAGCAUUGGACUGAAAAGGAAUUGUCAAAUUUGUCUGUUAAAGUCGGAUGGGAAAGUUUAGCUGAAGUGUUUAGGACACAAGUACUUGGCGAAGGUCACAAUCAAGGUAGACAGGAGCACGAUGCUAUAUUUGAUGACUUGAAAGGAGCUGUCAUUGAUCAGAUUCUGAAGGAACAUCAGUGGGAUAUGAAGGCUGUGGAUUAUUUGGUAUGUUUUUGUCUUAUUUUUUAUUUUUUAGGUAGUUUUAAAUCGAAUAAAUAUAGGUAACUUAAGAAUGCUACUUUUAUAGAAGGUGAUUCAAUUGAAUGCCAUCAGUGAUCCUAACAUACCUGACAGAAAGACAUGGGAAAGUGCAUGUAGAUUUAUGGGAGAAGCCGUUGAUCAAUACCUCGAGAAGACCAAGAAGACAUUGAGUGAAGCUAGAGGACCUGGGUUCUACGACAGAUGGGUAAAGUGGAAGAAUCCGUCUUAUGACAACAUUGUAUCAGAGAAUCUGCAGAAGGAGUUCAGACAGAUUCUUCAUCAGAAUGUCGUAAGUUUUUAGUUUUUGACUUUACUGUAAAGCUAUGGAUUUACACAUUUGUUGUUUUGUUUGAUUUAAAGUAUAUUUUUAGGAUCAAUUACCGGCAUUGAACGAAGAGGAUGUUACAGUAGUCAGACGUAAUUUAGAAGCAAAAGAACUGAAGGACGUGAGCAAGAACGUGAUGCUCAAGGAAUGGCAAUAUGUAUUUAGAGAAUUUUACUUGGAACGUCUGAAGCAAGCAAGUCAAGAGUGUAUGGGGUACUAUCAGCACUAUAAACAAGGAUUGGAACAGGAAGGAGAUCUCGACUGUCAAGCGGUAGCACUCUUCUACCGGAUUAAGAAGAUGCUGGAUCUAAGUUCGAAUGCCCUCAGGCAACAAGUCACAAAUACAGAACAGAGAAGAGUCGAGAAGGAAGUGAAAGACCUUCUGGAUGAUUGGUCUCAAGAUCAGAAUGCCAAGACUACUUACUUGACAGGGAAACGAGUCGAAUUGGCUGAAAACUUAAGUGAGUAUAACUGUCAUAAAUUUCAAGGGGUUCUAUUUAUUUUUUGUUCUACUUUCUAUCGUUAUAUAGGUUAUACAAAUUAAUGCCUAAUUUUACAUUUUUCAGAACGAGUACGAUAUAUUCAGGAGAAGUUGGAGGAAUUCAUGCACCGGUUGCACCAGGAGAAAAAAUAA